AGACGUGCAUAGUUACAAAGAAAUGACACAAUAAGAGAUGAGACAAUCAGAGGUUCAACAAAAGAGGGAGAGAUGUCUAAGAAAGUACAGGAAAGGAGGUUUAAGUGGUGUGGACAUGGGAUGAGGAGAGAUAAGGGAUAUGUGGGCAGAAGAGUGAUGGGAAUGGAAAUACAGGCAAGUGGAAGUGAGGGAGGCCAAAGUGGAUGGGGAUGGAUAACGGAGAAGAAGAUCUGAAGGAAAAGAUUCUGAAGGGGAGGAGGUGCAGGACCAAGCUGUGCAGGACUGGCUGAUCAGGCACAUUGACCCCACAUAAAAGGGAAAAAUGUUGAAAAGCAAGAAGAAGAUUCCACCAUGAAACACAAUCAGAGGAUUAUAAUAGGAGAAACCAUUUCCAAAUGACUUCAUUUUGUAAGUAAUAAUUAUAUUUAAAACAAUUUGAAAUGAAAUUUAUUAAUAUUUCAAGUCUGAAUAUACAGGGUGAGCCAAAAACAAGUACAACAUUUCAAAUGUUUAUUCCACAAAAAACAUUAAAAGAUAAAAUAAAUUUCAUUACAACACAAUAAAGGGAAUACAAAAUAGAUUUCUUUCACAGUGUUUUAAAAAUGAUGUCUUCAAGGUGGUGGCCAUCAUUGGUGAUACAUUCGUCGAGACGAUUUCUGAACGCUCACAUGACUCGUUCGGCCGUUUCAAGUGGGAUAGCGGUGAUUACGUGGAAAGGAUUGUCAUCUCAAGAUAGCUCACCUUUGGAGAUGGCCGCCCUUGGCCGACCUUUCCAGGUGGGGAUGCUCUAUGACUGUCGCACUGAUUCACUCAUUCCAGAUGUCACUCUAUGGGACUUGGAAAACCUCAAGAAAGACCUCAAAAUGAAACCCCAGAAGAACACGCAGGUCAACAUCAUCACUUUGGACUCCUUGGAUGAGAAAACUUCCAUCUUAAAUAUGACAACAUCUCUUAAAGCGAGCUUCUUGUGUGGCUUGAUUGAGGUUGAUGGAGCUGCCAAGUACCUCAAUGACACCAAAUCAUCCAAACGACAGUCCAGGGUCACCCUGCACUACAGCACAACCACCAGAAUGGAGCAGCUCACCAUGAGCCACUUGGGGAAUCAGAACGUCGUCUAUCCAGAAGUGUUUGAGCAGAAAUCGGCCACCCAUGUUGUCACAGGUGUGUUGUAUGGAGCUCAGGCUUUUUUUGUUUUUGAUCAAUGGGACUCUAAAGAGGAAGAGAACCAACAUAGUAAAGGAAAAUUAGAAACAUUAAUUCAAAAAUAUAUUUCCGUAGAUGGAAAAAGAGCCCUUAAAAUGACAGAUGCUGACAAGGAAACCGCUGAUCAUCUUAACUUCACAUUCUAUGGUGAUUUUCUCCUUGAUCACAAUCCUACAAGUUUUCUGGAUGCCAUGCAGAUUUACAACAAUUUGCCAAAGCAUAUUGACGAAGAUGACAAGCUUGCUGUGCCCGUCCAGGUCUGGUUAUACCCGCUGAAACAUCUCAACUCACAGGCUGCUCAGCUGGUACAAGAGAUCAGUGUGGCACUCGUGUCCAAAUCUCAGGAGGUUCUGGAGGAAUUAGACGAGCACAUCAUGAGGUGUAAUGACAUCAUGAAGGACGGUGUUGUCAAUAACUUUACUAUAAUUAGGAAAAAUGCAAAUGACUUCAAAUCAAUACUUAAUCAAUUUAAAAAUACCUUUCAAAAAGAACUGGCAAGGAUCUUGCCAAAUAUCAGGGGGGGUGACGCAAGUGAAGGAGAGCUGGCCAACAUUCUGAAGAAGAAGGAAGAGUCGCCAUUUAAGAAGUUUGUCAUAACAACAUGGCUGGAUAAAAGAGAAAAGGAAAUCACUAUGCUCAGAAGUUUCUUUAAUCGAAUUAAUGAAAUAAAACUUGAUAUUGUUAUAAAUGACCUGGAUACAUUAAUUUACAAUACUAGUAUUAAAAAUAUUGUCUGUUUGACGUUCACUUCACUCCAUGUGUGUCAGUCAUACAUGUCAGAAAUGGAACGCUAUCUUCAAGCCCCUUCUAGAAAGUCCUCAUAUCAUCUGUCAGAGCCAAGUGAAGAGUUAAUCAUCCAGAAUUUCAGACAGCAUUCCCAGCGUUUCAUUGAGUUUGCUGAAAUUAACCAAAGUAGCAAGACAACGAGAUUUCUCGUCCGGUCAAAGCCUGAUGGUGAAUAUCUUGGGGCAACAAUCUAUUUGUAUAAAUGUGGGCAUCUCAUCAAUCACAACUUUCAGCUUACAUCAAAACCUGAGACUCUUGUGGUUGACUCCCAAACAGAAGACAGUGUAACCCUAAAGUUAAGACCACCAAAGUGUGACUUAGAAGGGUACAGAGUGGAGUAUAAGCGACUAGAAGAUGAAGAGUGGAAGACUGUGAACACAACUGAUAAAAAAUAUACCAUCAAAAAGUUACAUCCAGAUUCAACAUAUCAUCUCAGACACAGAGCCGUUUGUGAAGUUGGUGUGAGUCAGGCCAGUGAUACGAUUGAAGUGAGGACACUGCCCAUUAUAAAGCCUACGGGAAGACAUGCUAUAAAAGACAAAUGUAAGGAGAUGAAAGGUGGAAAAUUAAGACUUUAUCUUUUGCCUUUGAAAUCACAGUACAUAAAUACUGUGAAGAAGAUAGAAACAUUUCCCUUUGGAAACAGAACAUCCAUCAAACCUUCAAAAUCAAUUAUGGUCCUUGGAGCAACAGGUUCUGGCAAAUCCAUCCUGAUCAAUGGAAUGGUCAACUACAUCUUAGGUGUCCAGUGGGCGGAUGACUUCAGGUUCAAGUUAAUCCAUGAAGAAACAUCUAGAAGUCAAGCUGAAAGCCAGACGUCUGCCGUCACUGCCUAUGAAAUGAACUACCAGGAUUGUUUCAAGGUACCAUACUCCUUCACUAUAAUCGACACACCAGGUUUUGGAGACACCAGAGGAAUUGAUCGGGACAAACAAAUCACUGAGCAGAUACGAGAAUGUUUUUCAUCUCCACAGGGGGUCCAGCAUAUUAAUGCGGUUUGCUUUGUAGUUCAGGCCUCCCAAGCUCGACUCACACACACACAGAAGUACGUCUUUGACUCCAUUUUGUCCAUUUUUGGUAAAGACAUAGCCAAUAACAUCCUGGUCUUGAUCACAUUUGCAGAUGGACAGCGUCCACCGGUUCUGGAUGCCAUCAAGGACUCUAACAUACUGUUCCCCAAAGAUGAGAAAGGGAGCCCUUUAUUUUUCAAAUUUAAUAAUUCGGCCCUUUUUGCUAAUAAUGACAAGAGUAAUAGCAGUGAUGGUCUGAUGUUUGACAAAAUGUUUUGGGACAUGGGUGCAAAGAGCAUGGAGGGUUUUUUUGAGACCUUAGAGACGAUGGAUGCUAAAAGUUUAGCACUAACUAAAGAGGUGCUUAAAGAGCGCAAGCGCUUGGAGACGGUAGUGGAUGGACUGCGGCCUCAAAUUAGUAAUGCACUGAGUAAAAGUGAAGAAAUGAGACAGACCCGUGACAUUUUAAAUAAGCACAUUACUGACAUAGAGAGCAACAAAGAUUUUGAGUAUGAAGUGGAGGAAACAGAGACAAUAAGAGAGAGCAUUGCAGGCACCGGCAAGUUCAUCACUAACUGCCAGAAAUGCAACUUCACCUGUCAUUAUCCAUGUGGGUUACCAAAUGAUUACGAUAAGAUCGAAUGUGCUGUUAUGAAGGAUGGAGUCUGCACUAUUUGUCCCGGUAAGUGUGAGUGGAAUAUUCACUCCAACCAACAGCACAGAUUCAUCUAUGAAACAAAAAAAGUCAAAAAGACGUAUGAUGAGCUUAAGAAGAAAUAUGAAGAUGCACAAGGGGAACUGAUGACAACUGAGAAACUGUUUGAUCAGCUUCAGCAUGAACUGGAUGAUGUGACAAACUUGAUUUACAAACUUAUUACAGAGUCUCAUGAAAGUAUUAAACGACUUGAUGAAAUCGCCCUCAGACCAAACCCGCUCUCCUCUCCAGAGUACAUUGAGCUCCUCAUUCAGGCUGAAGAACAAGAAGGAAAGCCGAGAUGGAUGGAUCGAGUGAAGUCACUGCGGGAAGUGAAAGAAAAGGCAGAAAUAAUAGCAAAUCUCAGUAGAAAUGAAGAACUCUCACCAAGUCACGAAACCAAAAGUCAAAAGAGAAAAUCGUCAGAGACACUGUGCCCACAGAAUAUCAAAGUUACAAAGCGGACCUUUUGAAUAAAAAAUCAAAAAUUGUCAAUAGUAAAUUUGCUAUAUGUGGUUCAAUCUCGGUUACUGAAUAACUGUUUUUGGACCUUUGUUAUCACUCAACUGAAGACAUCUGUUAAGAGAAUAUGAUUUAAUUAUGAUGUGAUAAAGAAUGUUAAAGUGCGUUUUAUUUA